AUGUCCAAUCCAUCUGAUCUUCCAACCACAUCUGGUCAAGCUGCACUGCAGUUCGACUUUCACAGUAUGUUCAGUUCUGUGAAGGAGGGCUGGUUGGAGAAGCGUUGUGUUGAGUUUUCAUGUUACAUUGAUCCAGAGCUGUUCAUCAUGGACAGGCAUCAGCAUAAAUCCACAGCCUCUCAAAAAUCUAGACCAGUCGAAGUCAGCACCAUGUUCCAACAUCUUUCCAGAGGAGGUCAAUGCAGCAAAACAGUGGUGACCAAAGGCGAAGCUGGCAUUGGCAAGUCCUUCCUUGUGGAGAGGUUUAUGCUGGACUGGGCCGAAGGUCGAGCAGGUCAAGAAUUUCAUCUGGUUUUUCCUUUUGAUGCUCGCCAGCUGGGUUUAUGUAGAGGAAAGAGUUUCAGGCUAGCAGAGCUAAUUCACACGUGUGUUCCAGAAAUGGCAUCUAUUACAGAGGAAAUGUUUAAUGAAAUCUUUACAGACCUACAAGACGUCCAACACACUAUUGAUGAAAGAAAGAAAUUUAAGCUUCUGUUUGUUAUCGAUGGUCUGGAUCAGAAUCUCCUUGAACUUGAUUUUACCGGCCGAACACGAAAGCCGGAUAUCCGAAAGUCAACCAGAGUAGAAGUGCUUCUGACUAAUCUCAUCAUGAAGAAACUGCUUCCUUCUGCUUGUCUCUGGAUUACCACACAAUCUGCAGCAGCCAAUCACAUCCCUGCUAAGUGUGUUGACAUGGUAACGGAGCUCAGAGGGUUCACUAACCUGAAGAGAGACAAGUUCUUUAGGAAGAGAUUCACAGAUGAAGAGAAGGCCAACAGGAUCAUCUCCCACAUAAACACAUCACAAGGCCUCCAUAUCCUGUGCUACACCCCAGUCUUCUCCUGGAUCACUGCUACGGUUCUGGAGGAGUUCUUGGAGGCCAGAGAGGGAGAAGAGCUGCCAAACACCCUGACAGAGAUGUACGCAGAGUUUCUGAUGGCUCAGAUCAACCACACAGAGAAGAAGUAUGCUCCGGAAAAGUGCAUCAAAUCUUUGGCCAAACUAGCCUUUCAGAACAUCCUGAAAGAUCAAACAGUGUUCACCGAGGAAGACUUAAGGAGAUGUGGCCUUACGGGUGGAACUGCAUUGUUCUAUUCCAGGUUGUUUAAAAAGAUCUUUAAGGUGUUUCCUGGAAAGAAGUCAGAGGAGGAACAGAUGUUCUGCUUUGCUCAUUCCAGCAUUCAGAAGUUUCUUGCUGCUGUUCAUGUGAUUAUUUCACUGAUCACCUACAACAGAAAUGUUAUGCAUGUGUCAUGGUUUAACACUGAUGAUUGGCCCCAAUUAUUCAGCAGAAUAUCUGCAACAAAGGUUCACAGGAGGGCGUUGAAAAGAGCCCUGAAAAGCCCAAAUGGAAAGCUAAACCUGGUCCUACGGUUCAUCAUGGGUCUUUCUCUGCAAACAACCCAGGUCCGUAUGGCUGGCCUGCUGACACCAACAGGAAAUGUCACAUGGUCUAACAACGAAACAAGUAAAUACAUCAAGAGGAAAAUCAGACGGAGUAAAUCACCAGAAAAAAUGAUAACCAUGCUGCACUGUCUGAAUGAGCUGAAGGAUGAUUCUAUCGGGGAGGAGAUAGAAUACGUCCUGAGAUCAGGAAGUCUACUCACAGACAGCCAAUGGUCCGCCCUGAACUUCAUCCUACUGUCCUCAGAAAACCACCCAAUUGAGUUUGACCUGAAGAAGUACUCUGCUUCAGACAGGGUUCUGCUGCAGCUCCUGCCUGUUCUGAAGGCCUCCAGCAAAGCACUGUUAAAAAGCUGUAAAUUAUCAGAAGCAUCCCUGGAAGUUCUCUCUCAGGUUCUCAGCUCUAAUUGCUCCAGUCUGAGAGAACUGGACCUGAGUUACAACGACCUGCAGGAUUCAGGAGUGAAGCUGCUCUCUGUUGGACUGCAGAGUCCAGACUGUAAACUGGAAACUCUCAGGAUGUCUCGCUGUUUGAUCGCAGAGGCUGGUUGUAAUUUUCUGGCUUUGGCUCUAAAAUCCAACCCAUGCCAUCUGAAAGAACUUGACCUGAGCUACAACAACCCAGGAGAGUCAGGAAAAAAGGAGUUAACAGCUGGACUGGAGGAUCCCCUCUGGACUCUAGAGACGCUUAGGUUGGACAACUGUGGAGAGCAUAAGCUGCAAUCUGGAGUCAGGAAAUACACCUGUGAACUUGAAAUGGACCCAAACACAGCAAACACAUUCCUCAUGUUGUCCCAAAGCAACAGGAGGGUGGUGUGUUCGAGGAAACGUGUAUAUCCAGAUCAUAAAGAAAGAUUUAACUUCUGGCAUCAGGUGCUAUGCAAAGACGCUCUGCCUAGCCACUGUUACUGGGAGGUGGAAUGGGAAGGACAGGUUGAUAUAGCAGUAAGUUACAAAGGAAUCAGCAGAAAGGGAGACGGAAGAGACUCCCUAUUUGGAGCAAACGAUAAGUCCUGGACUCUGACCUGCCUCCUCAACCGCUUUGCUGUCUUUCAUGACGGAAAGCUUAAAGAACUUUCCCCGCCCCCGGGCGCCUUCAACAGAGUCGCAGUGUUUGUGGACUGUCCUGCUGGCAUUCUGUCCUUCUAUGUGGUUUCCUCUGACAUGCUCAUCCACCUCCACACAUUCAGCACCACAUUCUCCGAACCUCUGUAUGCCGGAUUUGGAUGUGAUCGGGAUAAGGGGCUGAUGAACUUCUUAUAUAUGAGGUCGUCACUGUCUGUGUGCACGCCGUCCAAAGACGAGUCGGCGGCACCUGCUACAAAAUAA